CCGGAAGUUGUGCGUUUCAGAGGCUGGUUGUUUCGGCUCUACAGUAGUCGUUAUAGAUAUCGGUUAUUCUUUUCUAAUUCAACCUGUUGGUUUGUUUAAUACUUUGACUUUGCUCGCCGUGUGGAAGACUGAAGACGACUGACGUCGCGUCAAACAUGGCGGAUUCGUCUGCUCAGAGUCACUAUGGACGUCUGACAGCUGAGCAGAUGGACGAGCAGAGGCUCCAAAAUGUUGCUUAUCAAUAUUUGUGUCGACUGGAGGAGGCAAAGAGGUGGAUGGAGGCGUGUCUGGGGGAGGAGCUCCCUACACCCAUCGAGCUUGAGGAGACUUUGAGGAACGGUGUGAUUCUCGCAAAACUGGGCCAUAGAUUCUCUCCCGCAGUCGUUCCUCUGAAGAAGAUUUAUGACUUGGAGCAGCUGCGCUAUGAGGCUGUGGGUCUUCAGUUCCGACAUACUGACAACAUCAAUCACUGGAGGAACGCCAUGACUGCACUGGGACUGCCAGCGAUCUUCCAUCCAGAAACGACUGACAUUUACGACAAGAAGAACAUGCCGAGAGCCGUUUACUGCCUCCAUGCGUUCAGCCUGUACCUAUACAGACUUGGCCUGGCUCCACAGAUUACGGACCUUUGUGGGAAGGUUGAGUUUACAGAGGAAGAAAUCAACAACAUGAAGCUCGAGUUGGACAGAUAUGGAAUUCAACUUCCCGCAUUUCACAAAAUUGGAGGAAUUCUGUCUAAUGAGCUGUCAGUGGAUGAGGCUGCAGUUCAUGCAGCAGUCAUUGCCAUUAAUGAAGCCGUGGAGAGAGGUCAAGUUGGGGUCACGGCAGAGGCUCUCAAGAACCCAAGUGCGCUGCUUCGUGACCUGAAAGAGACACUGAUGGGCAUCUAUCAGGAGAUGCUCCUUCAGGCCAAAAGAAAGAAAGCAGAGCUGGCUGCCAGCCGGGGUGGAUGCUCAGAGGACAUUUAUGAGGAAUAUCUGACUCACAGAGAAAUCCAAAACAACAUUGCCGUGGUCAAUGUGAGAUCUGCGGUGGAACAGGUGGAUGAAGCUCUGGAUUCCGCAGAUGAUGUUUAUCUUCUCCGUGCUCUUCAGCAGCCUUGUUUGGCCCUUAAGGGCGUCCGAAGUGACAAUGUCUCAUGGUACCUGGAACAGCUAACAGCUGACCGCCAAAUGAAGGCGCUGGAUCACGGCUCUGUGGAUCCACUUGAGCCUGAUGAGCUUCAAGAGUCUGUGAACGCCGCCAACCAGGAAGCUGACAGAUCCAAGAAGAUGGAGGCAGCAGUACAGAGUGUGAAUGAGUCACUGCAUGGCAGUGACACACGACACACGGUCAGCUGUCUGAUGAACUCGGACCUCCAGCUGCCCCCCGUCUUCCCAUCUGCUGCCUCUCUUUAUCAUAAAGAACUACAGCUUUUACAGAGACAGACAGUCCAGGGUGUGCUGCAGCAGGAAGAAAUGUUUGUUGCUGUGGAGAUGCUGUCAGCAGUGGUCGUCAUCAAUCAAGUGGUGGAGACAGGAAACCUGCAGCAGUUCAGCUCCUCAUUGGCCAGUCCAUCAGUGGGCUUGGCUGAUGUCGACCCUGCCUUGAUGGACAGGUAUUUUGAAUCUCUGACACGGAUGAAGCAGCAGGCAGGCAGAGAACUGCUGAAUUGGAAUCAACUACAAGAGGGAAUCAACUCUGUGAACAAUUGUGUGCAGGACGAACACCAGCAGAUCCUGGCUCUCAGUCUGGUGAAUGAGGCUGUGUUCAUGGGCGACGCUCAACAGCUGCUUUCUACGCUGAUGCUGCCCUCUAGUGGGGUGGAGGAGGUUUUUCCCAACAAUGCCUACAGAUAUCUAAGUCUGCUGACCACAACCAGACAGCUGAAAUCUCAGCAAAGUGGAGGAGCGGUAGCUGAGCUAUGGUUGGCUGAUAUCCAGGAAGUGGUUAGAAGAGCCAAUCUGGACACUCGGAAAGCUCUGAAGUUGUGUCUGGCAGUCGCUGCGGUCAAUCAAGCCGUGAAAGAGAAACAGAUGCAGCAGACACUGCGAGUUUUGUCUCUACCUGAGAUGGGGCUGCAGGGUGUGAGUCGUCACUGUGCCGCAGAGUACCAGCAGCAGCUCAGCACUCUCGUAAAGCUAAAGCUGAACAGAGGAGACAACAAGAGUCCGUGGGUUCGAUUGCAAAUGGAAGAUGACUCAUUGUACUUCUUCCACCUGAACAAACUGGAAGGCCAUUGGGAGAAACCACGCAACUUUGUGCACAACAGUGUGUUCCUGGACCAGCACGAGAUUCAGGAAGUGGUCAGCAGUGUUUGGAAUGCACACGAGCGCCGCAGGCUCUGGGCCAAUAAUGAAGCGUUGGUCAUUCGCCUGCAGGCGGCUAUUCGAGGCUUUCUUACCCGGCAAGAGGUAGUGGCUCGCAAACAUUACCUCCAAAGCCACUCCGACGCUGUUAUCCGGAUCCAGGCUCACUGGAGGAAGGUGAUCCAGCAGAGGGCAUACAGGCGGCGGCUGCAGUUCCUUUACAGGAACUGGAGGGCGGCGAUAAAGAUUCAGGCCUUUGUGAAGAUGUGGUUGGCCAGGAGAGCAUAUCUAGCACGAUUGAGAUUCUUCAGACAACAUGUGGGUGCCAUCAUAAAGAUCCAGGCUUUCUUCAGAGCCAGUCGGGCACGAGGAGACUACAGAAUGCUGGUGCAUUCGGACACGCCUCCCCUCUGUGUGGUCAGGAAGUUUAUUCACCUGCUCGAAUUGGGUGACGGCGACAUCAGAGAGGAGGCGGAACUUCUGCGUUUGAGGCAGGAGGUGGUGAGGACCAUCCGCUUCAACCGUCAGCUUGAGGCAGACCUGGACCUUAUGGACCUAAAGAUUGGCCUAUUGGUCCGCAACAGAGCCACUUUGCAGGAAGUGGUGUCUCACUGCAAGAAACUAACAAAGAAGAACAAAGAGAAGCUGUCAGACAUGAUGGAUGGAGAGAGAAGUAAAGGCCUCAAGGCUCUGAGCAGGGACAGGAAGGAGCGACUUGAAGCCUACCAGCACCUCUUCUACCUGCUACAGACUCAGCCCUCCUAUUUGGCCCAGCUGAUCUUCCUGAUGCCUCAGAGUCGUUGCACUUCCUUCAUGGAGAUGCUGGUCUUCAGCCUGUUUAAUUAUGGCUCGGACCGCCGUGAGGCCUUCCUGCUGCUGCAGCUGUUCAUCGAAGCACUCCAGUUUGAGAUCAGGUCAAAGGUCAGUCAGCCACAGGACGUGGUCACAGGUAACCCCUUUGUCAUCAAAAUGCUUGUGAACUUCUACCGUCAUGCUCGUGGCUACAACGUUCUGCGGGAGACGCUUGGUCCAUCUCUGAAGGACGUCCUGCUGGACCGUAGCCUCAGCAUCAGAACUGACCCUGUGGACGUCUACAAAACUUGGAUUAACCAGACCGAAAGCCAGACUGGACUAAAGAGCUCGCUGCCCUACGAUGUCUCUCCUGAGGACGCCCUGUCUCAUCCGGAAGUCCAGCGACGCAUUGACAUUGCAGUGGUCAACCUGAAGAACCUGACUGAACGAGUCCUCAAGGCCAUCACAUCCAACCUCCACAAGCUUCCCUACGGUCUACGUUACACUGCAAAAGUUCUCAGAGACACCUUGAGGACAAGGUUUCCUGCUGCCAAUGAGGAUGAAAUCUACAAGGUUGUGGGGAACUUGGUCUACUAUCGCUUCAUGAAUCCUGCCAUUGUGGCUCCAGAUGGCUUCGACAUCGUGGAGCGUUCAGCCGGCUCCGCUCUGCAACCAGACCAGCGCCACCUGCUGGGCUCCAUUGCCCGCAUCCUGCAGCAUGCCGCUGCCAACAAGCACUUCCACGGAGACGGCGCCUAUGUCAGUGCGCUCAACCAGUACAUCAGCCGGACUCACACCAAGUUCAGGAAGUUCCUGCUAUCUGUCUGCGAUGUUCCUGAUCCAGAGGACCACUUCAGGAUGGACGAGUACUCAGAACUGCUUAUCGUCAACCGACCCGUGAUCUACAUCUCCGUGAGCGAGCUUGUCAACACGCACAAGCUCUUGUUGGAACAUCAGGAGGUUCUGUGUUCGAACCAGUCAGACCCACUCAGAGUUCUACUGAACGACAUUGGUCCUGUUCCAACCCUGCAAGAACUGAUGAGUAGUACGACUACUGCAGCAGCUGAUCCAACAUCAGAAUGCUCUUCCAGUAAGACGGAGGUUUCUCUGACGCUCACUAACAAGUUUGACGUUUUUAAUGAUUCUGAGGACAGAGCGGACAUCAAAGGACUGCUGCUCAGCACGAAGCAGUUGAUUAUUGACGUCAUCAGAAGUCAGCCUGGCGAGACCCUGAGUGACGUCCUCAAAGCAUCAACAUCACAUGACCAGGAAGUGCGUCACGAGCGUCUUAUGCAGCAACGUGCUCGUCAAGAUGCGUGCACGCCUGAGAAGUUGAAGAGGAACCCGUCGCUGGUGGUAUACAGCACGCUUAGUGUAGAGGAGAAGAAGAGGAAGAUUGUGAGGAGUCUUCGUCGUCUGGAGGCUCUCGGAGUCCUCCAAACGCCACGGGGCCAAGACCACAUCCUCCAGAUGAUCGCCAAGGACAUACGCAGCCAGCGUCUGCACCGCCAGCGCCGAGGGGCAGAGCUUCUGAAACUUGGCCAGACUCUCAGCAGCCUACAGGCAAAGAGCUCUUUUCACAGUGAACAGGUGGACUACUACAGGCAUUACAUCACAUCCUGUCUGGACAACCUGACAGCCAACAGUCAAGCCACCAAUAAAAAAGCAUCAGAUGCCCGAGGGAAGAAGAAACUUCCUGUUGUGAGCUACACCGCCGCCCGCCUGCAAGAGAAAGGGGUUCUGCUGGAGAUCGAAGACCUUCCAUGCACCCAGUUCAAAAAUGUAAUCUUUGAUAUCGUUAGUGGACCACAGAACGGAACCUUUCUCAUCAAAACUCGCUUUCUCGGCAUCGACAUGGAACAAUUCCUGCUCAAAUACCAGGACCUUCUGCAGUUGCAAUACGAUGGUGUGGCUGUGAUGAAGAUGUUCGACAAGGCCAAAAUCAAUGUCAACUUGCUAAUCUUCCUCCUCAACAAAAAGUUCUUCAAGAAAUGAAUGUCUUUUUAAAGUUUUUUUUUUUAUAAUGCUAUUUUAAAACAUUGUCAUUCAGCAUCAAGAAAAUUAAUAAAUAAGCCAAAAACUGUUUUCCU